AUGUCCAGCAGAGACGCUUCUUUGACCCCUCUUAAGGCAGUAGUGAUAGACGACCCUCCAUUAAGGCAAACUCCAGAAUCAUUUGAUGAACAGUCAGCAUACGAUCCCCACUUACCCAUUGCCAUUGAUUUUGGAUCCAGCAGGCUCAGAGCCGGAUUCGUUAAUCAAGCUACCCCCACACAUAUUUUUCCUAAUGUUUUGACGAAAUUCAGAGAUAGGAAAUUGAAUAAGAAUUUCACUUUUGUCGGCAAUGACACUCUACUGGAUCAAGCUGUUCGUUCGCAAUCCAGAAGCCCAUUUGACGGUCCCUUUGUGACCAAUUGGAAUUUCACAGAGGAAAUAAUGGACUACACUUUCCACCAUCUAGGCGUAUUACCGAAUAAUGGAAUUUCUAAUCCAAUCUUGCUUACCGAGAGGAUGGCAACCGUCCAAUCGCAACGAGCAAAUUGGUACCAGAUCCUGUUCGAAACCUACAAUGUUCCAGGCGUCACUUUUGGAAUAGACAGCUUGUACAGCUUUUACAAUAAUAAUCCAAGCGGAAACAAAACGGGUUUGGUCAUCGAUUGUAGCCACGAGGAUACCAGUGUGGUUCCUAUAGUCGAUGGUGCAGGUAUUCUAACAGAUGCGAAGAGGAUUAACUGGGGGGGACAUCAAGCGGUUGAUUACCUAAAUGAUUUAAUGGCCCUGAAAUAUCCAUACUUUCCAACUAAGAUGUCGUAUUUACAGUACGAAACGAUGUAUCAAGACUAUUGCUACGUUUCACCAAACUAUGAUGAAGACAUUAAAAAAAUUCUUACUUUAGAAAGUCUCGACACGAAUGACAUAGUAGUUGAAGCACCUUUCACGGAAGUUCUACAACCUCAAAAGACAGAAGAAGAACUACGAAUGCAAGCCGAAAAGAGAAAAGAAACUGGGAAACGCUUGCAAGAACAGGCGCGCUCGAAAAGAAUGGAAAAGUUGGUUCAAAAGCAAGAAGAGUUCGAAUACUUUUCAAAAGUAAGAGAACAGUUAAUCGAUGAGCCUAAGAAGAAAGUACUGUCGGUUUUACAGAACGCCGGUUUUGAUGAUGAACGCGAUUUCAAAAAGUAUCUUCAUAGUUUGGAGCAAUCCUUAAGGAAGGCACGAAUGGUUGAAGCAGAAGAUGAUAGUCACAUGGAUGAUAUAAAUGACGACAAAACGGCUCAAAAAUUCGAUUUACUUGAUAUAGCAGACGAAGACCUGAAUGAAGAUCAGAUUAAGGAAAAAAGAAAACAAAGAUUUUUGAAGGCCAGUCAAGAUGCCAGACAGAAAGCUAAAGAGGAAAAGGAAAAAGCCGCCAAAGAAGAAGAAGAAAGAAGAUUAAAAGAGCAACAGUGGCGUGAAAUUGAUUUGAAUGGGUGGAUAAAGGACAAAAGGUUGAAAUUAAAUAAACUAAUAAAAAGGAGGAAAGAAAAACUCAAGUUGCGUGACGAAAUGAAGGACCGUAAGUCUCAAGUUUCUCAAAACAGAAUGAAAAAUUUAGCUUCAUUGGCCGAGGACAGUGUUAAACAAGGCACAAAACGUAAUAGAAACCAAGCCACUAUAGACAAUGAUCCAAAUGACACUUUUGGCGCUAAUGAUGAAGAUUGGCUUAUUUAUACAGAUAUCACUCAAAAUCCUGAAGCAUUCGAAGAAGCCUUGGAGGACGAAUACAAAGAUAUCGUAGAACUAGAGGGACUACUUUUAGAGCACGAUCCAAACUUUACUGAAGAAGAUACCUUGGAAGCACAGUAUGAUUGGAGAAAUUCCCUUCUUCAUUUGUUUUUAAGAGGACCUAGACCGCAUGACAGCGAAAAUAUUCAUGAACAGCACCAAAUGCAUUUGAAUGUUGAACGCAUAAGGGUACCUGAAGUUGUAUUUCAACCAACAAUGGGUGGGCAAGAUCAAGCGGGUAUUUGUGAGUUAUCAGAGACUAUUUUGAUGAAAAAAUUUGGUUCUCAACGCGGAAAAUUGAGUUCAACUUCUCUAGACAUGGUGAAUAAUAUUCUUAUCACCGGUGGUAAUGCCAAAGUGCCUGGACUAAGGGAACGUAUCGUAAAGGAGUUCACCGAAUUUCUCCCCGUUGGUACCAAUGUCGCUGUAAAUAUAUCUUCAAAUCCCUCAUUAGAUGCCUGGAGAGGGAUGGCAGCUUUGGCACGGAACAAGGCAGAGUAUAAAAAAACUGUCAUCAGUAAGGAAGAAUACGAAGAGUAUGGUCCUGAUUAUAUAAAAGAGCAUAAAUUGGGGAACACAAAAUAUUUUGAAGAGUAA